GUCAUGCGGUGCUCCCCUAAGUCUCUGAUAUCAUCUGCGGGAUUUUCUGCAGUCCACACCGACCACUCGAGCGGCGUAGCCGCGUCAUCGGCGAUAUUGCACUUGUGCUUGUCAUUCACGUCGUGUCGUCCGGUCUGCGCCGGUUGCCGGAGCCCUGAAUCCGAGUCCCGCAGCUGCCGCCCACCGGCUAAGGUAUCGCUGUGCGACGAUUACAGUCUGCCCGUCGACUUCGUCAACAAGAGACGCCCCGCCAGCGCCGCGGCCGCAACUUCCACGGUGCAAUGGACACUCCCAAGUCCGACUGUAGAAAAUCGAUCCGUUGUCACAUUUGGAGGGAGGCGGAGAGAGGAGGCGGAAGUCGAGAUUGUAGAACAAUACAGCGACCCUAGAGACAGCAAGAGCAAGGCGUACGUGGAACCGGGAGCGGCGUCGUCGUUGUCGGCGAUUUACGGCCGAGCAAAUCGCAACUACUGUCGACCUUAUACGGAUCCGUCAGCAUCCGGCUCGUCCUGCGAGGAUGACGAGGAGGGUCGAAUAAUCAGUGUCAGGAAACGAAAGAACAGCGUCUACGCUUCUUCCUCGAUCCGCGCACCGUCUGCAGAUCGAGAUACUUUAGUUUCCACCGACGGUCUGCUGGUAGAUUGCGUGGCGCUGGUACAUCUCGCGGAUCAAUCACCGACCGAGCUCAGUCAACCGGUACGUCAUCCGUCACCGUACUACUACGGCGAUCUCUUCAAGGUUCCGGAACAACUGUCCAAAUCGCAGCCGAGCAGAUAUCGGAAAAGCGUCAGCCUCGAUGUGCCGGGCGAACGUUCGCGCACACCCGGCAUACCGAAGAGGAAUUCGGUAGCGGGUGAUGGGGGUUCGUACGCGACCCAGCAACGAUAUCAGCAGCAACAGCAGCCGCAGUAUCCGCCACCGCCGCCGCCACCGCCGCCUCAUUAUCAGAGUCAGGAUCAUCUGGUAAGCCCCACAUCGGGGAACGAGCAUGCUGUCCCAGCCAGAAGCGAGAUCCUCUCGUCGUGCAUCAUCACCGAGUGGGAUCACACCCUCAUGCCUCCACAUCGACUGCUGAGUCAUGAUCUGCCCACUGCCGUUUGUACCUGCGUUGCAUCGCCCGAGGAGGAGGAGGAUGAGUUAGAACGACGGCAGCCGCAAGUGACGCGGCAUCAAGUGCGCAAGUUACGACGUACGCGGAGGAUAGACCCGCAACCGAUACUCGUUGAAGACGAAGACGACGUGGAGGGUGAGGACGAGGAAGAAGAGGAAGACGCGGAGCUCGAGGACGAAGACGAGGAAGGAAUGGCCAGGCAGCGUCACCUCUACGAGACGGCCUUCGAUUGCAAGGUCAAUCGCUCCGACGAUGACCUCGACGAUUUCGAUCGGGUCACCAAUCACGCGGUGUUGCACUCCCAGAUGCGAAGUAGCAACGCCGCGCUAACAAGUAGAACGAGUUCGUCGACGGACACGCCGAAGCAGCAGCAUCAGCAACAACUUCCUUACGCCGGCCAGUCGCAGUCCAGCAAGGAUCAUCGACGCAAAGUCGUACUUCUCCGCCCAAAACCGAUUCCGAGCCGCUUGCAGCAGCAGCAACAGCAGCAGCAACAGCAUUCGCAGCAGCAGCAGCAGCAGCAACAGCAGCCGCAACAGCAGCCGCAACAGCCGCAGCAACAGCCAGACAAUAUUUCUACUCUGUCCCAGGAUAUCGAGUCCCUCCAGAUCAACUCGAGCGAUGAGAAAACCGGAUCGCCGAGACUCUCAGCGCGCGAUUACACGCCGUCGCCGCCGUCGACCGCCCCCCUACCCGCCAAAUUUCACGGCAACCGCGACAACUUGCUGCUGAAUAUUCGCAGCGCGCCGAAUCUACCCUCGCAACCCGAUCAUCCCCGUCUGAAGGAUAUGAGAUUGCCGGUGAAAUCGUCGUUGCGUGCCAAGGAUUCGCCGCAGAGCAGCGAAGGCAGCAUCCUCGAGAUCAAGAGCCGACCGAAGACUUUCGUUCAAGAGAACAUUGACUCUUCGGGCCGUCGAUUCGACAAGGAGCUCAUACUGGAGUUCAAGGACAGGCCUCGGGAGGAGAGGCAACGACCGCGCAGCCUGAUUCGCGAGAGCAGACCGAUCAGGGAAUUCAAGGGCAGGCCCCACGAGGCGGAGAGCGAUCUCAUUGCGCGACCGCGAAGAGACGCCGGUCUUCUGGAGUUCAAGCUGCGCAGCUCGAGACGUCGCGCUGGCUAUUCAAGCACCGAGAGCAUGGCGACCAGCAGCAGCGGAGGCAGCAUGGAGUCAAUUCGCAGCAGCACGAGCGAGGGCAACCGAUCGACCAGCAGCUCGGACAGUCGGCACAGCACCAGAUCGCUGAGCUCUCACAGUUCCGACAGCGGUGGCACCAACUGCUACCAUCACCACCAACAACCAUCACUGCCCGGCUUUCUGACUCAUCACGCCACGAAGCUGCACAUUCUCUCGCCGAUCUCCGACAAAUCUUCGCAGGAGCCGGCCUCCGAGACCUCGGACAACAAUCGCAACAACAACUCGCAGAAAGCCUCGCCCGAGGAGAACGUCACGACGGAGAACGUGAUGAUUGCCGCGAGCAAUAACACGAACGCGAGCAACACGAACGCCGUCACCUCGCCUAUGGACACGUCCUUCAAGAAGAGACGCACGCCGCAGAACAAGAAUCUCAUUAAUCUGGCCUUGCAGUCGUCAUCCUCGGGAGAUGCCGAGAUCCAGGGAUCGGACAGCGGUAUCUCGAUCGAGUCGCGCGCCGGCAUCAAGUGCAAACCGUUCGGUUUUCACUUGUUGAAGCCGCAGCUGGACAACAUCAAUCUCGUGGACAACGAGCCGGAACUCUCGGAUUUGCCUUUCGAUAUGCCGAAGCUACGGAGAAGACGGCUGUUGAUGCAACAGGACGCCACUACAUCCGGUAGCGCGACCAGUGUCGAUCUGAGGGAUCUGCCCUUCGACAUGCCGAAACUCAGAAAGCGUCUCAGAUGCACUCAGAGCACUGAGUCCAGCGCGUCUCAGGCGUCGUCCAGUCUCUCGGUACGCGACGUGGAACCACCAUCUUUAUUUGGCGGCGGUCUGGCGCGUCCCAAGAUGACUCUGAAUCUGGACGCCGGUGGAAACGCGGCGGGAACGAGCGGCGGAAACGCGGUCGCACAAUUGGCGCCGAAGAAACCAGGCGGUCUGAGUCUCGGCUUACCGCUCGAGAUCAACGCCGCGCGGAUAUCGGCCGAUCUCGUCGAUGUCGAGCUUCCACUGGAGAGACAAGGGUGGUAUCACGGAUCCAUCACGCGAGUCGAGGCGGAGGGUCUUCUGCGAGUUCAUCAAGAGGGAAGCUACUUGGUGAGGAACAGCGAGUCCACCAAGCAAGACUAUUCUCUGUCUUUGAAAAGCGCUCGCGGUUUCAUGCACAUGCGCAUUCAGAAGAACGAAGAACUGAACGCCUACAUCUUGGGACAGUUCAGCAAGCCGUUCGAGAACAUACCGGAAAUGGUCCGUCACUUCAGCGUGAAUCGUCUUCCGAUACGCGGUGCCGAGCACAUGUGUCUCCUGCAUCCGGUCAUAGUUCAGCUUUUGUAGCGCAUUUAUAGUAGCGCCAUAUAAGGCGUUGAGAUUACAAACAACACUUUUUGAUAUAAACCGCUUUUAUUCUCGACCCGAGUGCCGAUUGCGCGCGAUUGCAAUGAAACGAGCUUGACACAGACACUACAGAACGUGUUCUUUCAGGAGGAAUAUUAUUUCCCGACGAGAAAACAAAACAAAACAAAAACAAAAACAAAAACAAAAAAAAACGAGGAAGCUCGCGAUUACUUCGUGGUUUGAUUCCGCGGUCUUCCGCAAGAGAUUCUCGUAUCAAUUUGUAUUGACUGAGAGAACGAACAGAGUUCUGCACGAAGAGCGCCAGAGAUAAUGGACAAUAAUGGCUUCUGACGGGGAGAUACCCCGCUCCGUGAAAACGUCGACGAAAGUACGAGUGCACAGUACAAAAGUAUGAACAAUGAAUGAGCGAAAGUUGCUGCAGCGAUACACAGUGCGAUCGAACGAUCGGACGGAGAGAAAAGUCUGUGCGCGAUUUGCGCACGAGACAUUGCUCGCGUUAUUAAAACACGCAUGAAAGAGAGAGAGAGAGAGAAAGAGAGAGAGAAAUCUCAGGUUGCUCAGAGUGAGGGAAUAUUUUCUCAGGCGCUUCUAACGUCGGCUAAUUGUUAGUUUUUCAACAACACUCGCGCUUUCGCGAUAUCGAAUCUAAAAACUAGAUAUUUCGAUUGCACAAUACAAAUUUUUUCCACACGGUAGCGCGGACGACUGAGUACGUUACACGGACUCGUAAAAAGCGUAGACUUCAGUGGACACGCUUUGUCUUCCUCAAAAAAAAAAAAAAAAAAAAAAAAAAAAA